AUCGUGGUUGACUACUCAAACGCCGUAUUAUAUUGAAGGAUCCAUAAUUUAAAUAUUCCAAGCAAGACAAGCAGCAUAUAUAGUCUUGCCACUCAAAAGUACAUCACUCAAGACUCAGAACAGCGUAUUUUACAAAUCUAACUUUUGCCACUAGAAUCGACUUAAUAUUUUAUCCAAUAGUAAGCGCAGAAAGACUAGCGACUCCCCCUUUUUUAAAAAAUCAGUACUAUUAUUAAUCCCAAUAUUUUUAUUUGGAAUCCUAAUUAAAUUCACAUAAUGACAGACGUAAAGAGAAAUAUUUCGGAUGUUUUGGAAACCUCCCCAUCCCCUGAAUCACACGAAGAUAAAAGGCUACAUACCAAACCUGGUAGAAAGCCUAUUGAUACCGAACCCAAAUCUAAGCGUACAGCCCAAAACCGUGCUGCUCAACGUGCCUACCGUGAACGUAAGGAACGUAAGAUGAAGGAUUUAGAAGACAAGGUCAAGGUUCUAGAAGAUGCCAAUGUAAGAGCUGCCACUGAAGCUGACUUCUUGAAAGCUCAAGUUGAUAUGUUGAAGAAAGAGUUGUUGAGGUAUCGUGGAAAUUCUGACUUUUCCGAUUUGAAUUUCCCGAAGGUAGACUCUUUCCCUGCUGUUCAAGCCAAACCUCGCCAUACUGAUUCCACUUCAUCAAUAUCUACUAAGAGUUCUAUUUCAACUGGUCGUCAGAACUCCUCAACUUCUUCUUCUGUUUCAUCGCCACACAAUAAUUUCUCGUUUGAUUUCCCAUGGUCUAAAGAAAACUUAAAAUCGCAAACUAAUGCACAACGACAACCACCAAUACUACAAGAUGAACAAGUUCCGGAUCUUGUUCUGGGAUCAUCCUCAUCAACUUCACCCUUAAAUGAUAAUUUAUUGGUAUCACCAGAAUCUUCAAUCGAAUCAUCAGUUAACAUGAACAAAGAUGUAAAUAAUAAUUUGGACUUUACUGCUGGAUUUGAUGAACAACUCGAUUCCUUCUGUGCAAAAUUAGGUGAAGCUUGUGGAACCAGACAACAACCAGUUCCAAAGUAUAAGAGAAAUAACUCAAGCACAUCUUCUGUUCCUGUGCUGCAUCAAUAUAACUCUCCUUUCUCCACUUUAGUCACUCCAAAUUCCAAUAGCUACGAUUAUACUAAUGACCCAUUCUUUACUACUAAUGGAGACUUUAAUUUCAAUAUACCUAGUCCAAAGGAUGUAAAGACGGAUGCUAGUAUAGCUAAGGCAGCAGAAAAGAAUGAUCCUUUGUCCUUUUUGAAUGAUAAUAAUUUUGAUGUUUCAUUGGCUUUUGGAGAUCCUAGUCCCGGUGAUGAAUUAGACCCAAUAGCGUUGUUGACUACUGAAGAGUCCCAAUAUGACCCUUUGACUGACCAAGUCAAUGUAAAUUUCAACUUCAACGACUUUGUCAAACAUUCAUUACCUUCAGAAUCAUCUGUAUCUACUGGAAACUACACCACUGAACAACCUAAAGUUAGCACUAUACCUGAAGUUCAAGAAGAGGAUGACGAUGAUGAUGAUGCUGUAGUACCGGCACCUCCAAAGACUAUAAAAUGUAGUGAAAUAUGGGAUAGAAUAACUGCACAUCCUAAGUAUACCGAAAUUGAUAUCGAUGGAUUAUGUCACGAAUUAAAGAGUAAGGCUAAGUGUUCCGAAAAUGGAGUUGUGAUCAAUGCUACUGACGUGAAUAAGCUAUUGGAGGAAAACAUUUUCUUUAAGCACUAAUUUGUGUUUGUUAUUAAUUUGUAUUUUUUUUGUGUACGACGUUUAUGUUUAUAUAUAUAGAAGAGAAUGUGAAAUGGAAAAUAUAUUUAAGAUUAAUAGAUCUGUAACUAUAUAGUUUAUUCUUCCAUCGAGAUACUGUAAUCGACACUAUCUUCAGCAUCUAGUAUUUCAUCAAUUUCUCUCAAAUUUUCUUCGAGUUGUUGUCGUUUCAAAUCAUCAACUGGAUCAUCUGCAUCUUGCAUUUCUACAUCAACAGAUUCUUCAUUAUCAGAUAUAUCUUCAUUGAUUUCCUUGUCGGUGUCUUGAGCUAAAUCAUCCACGUGUACUUCAUGCACCUGUUGGUUCUGUAUCACAUCGUUGCUAAUAUUAGAAUCAUCUUUAUUGGCAUCGAAAACCUCAUCGUGACCAGCGCUUUCCUUGAAUGUAUCUAAACUAGUUUCUUCCUCAUUUGUUUCAACAUUUUCUUCGGUCUCCAGUUUAUCAUGUUGGCUUUGAGUAUCUAAUUCGUUUUCUAAUUCUCCCAAGAUAGAAUUUGUGCUUAAUAAGUUCAGCUUUUCUCUCUCUUCACCUUCUCGUUCGACCGACUUGGCAUAGGUUUCGUUAACAUAUUCUAUAAAGUUAUCCAAAUUCUUGUGACUUAAUUUAUCCAAUUGGUAUUCGGGAAUAGUGGCAUUCUCUUCAAAACAUUGUUUAGUCCCUUC